UCUACCGAACCUAUAUCCUUUAUGAUGAAAACCUGUCACGAUAGUGAUGUUAUCCGUGAAAUGAUGAAAUCCCACAACAUGUUUGACAUUGAAAAAAGCAUGUAUGAAAUACUAGUUCCAGCAUUUGAAAAACUCUACGCCGAUGUGGGUAUGGAAAUCACAUUUGGACCCAAUUUCUACAAACUGGACACAAACGAGCCGUAUAUACUUUUGGAAAAUCUUAGCCCAAGAGGAUUUAAAAAUGUCGAUCGCCGGGAAGGUCUUGAUCAGGAACACAUUGAACAUGCCUUACUUCAACUAGCCAAAUGGCAUGCGGCCUCAGCCGUAUAUGAAGAACGAAAUGGUGAAUACGAAGAUAAGUACUUGUAUGGAUUCUAUAGACCGGAAGCCAAGGAAAUGAUGAAUGCAAUGCGGCAAAAAGUACGUGGCUUAUUUAUGAGUUGUAUACGAAAAUAUUCCAACUAUGACGAAUAUGGGGCGGAACUUGAAGGCACAUCCGAUCGUCAACUAGAUGAAUUAUUCCGAGUCGUCAAACAUGAUCCAAACGAGUUUAAUGUCUUGAAUCAUGGCGAUUUUUGGGCUAACAACAUAAUGUUCCAGCACGAUGAUUUGGGGAAGAUUGAAAACACCUACUUAGUGGAUUACCAACUUCCCAAAUAUGGAACUCCCGCCCAGGACCUCUACUACUUCCUCCUGUCAUCGGCUAGUUACGAAGUAAAACUGAGUAAAUUUGAUCACUUCAUACGUUUCUACCAUGAUCACCUCUAUGAGAAUUUGAAACUUUUGAAUUAUGGCAAGAAAAUGCCCACACUGCGAGACAUACACAUUAUGCUCCUUAAAUACGGCAUAUGGGGCAUCUCAACGGCAACGGGCGUUAUGUCUGUAGUGCUUUUGAAUCCCACAGAAGAUGCUUCAUUGGAACACUUUAUGGGUGACAGUGAUGCGGCAACAGCCUUCAAGAUUGCCUUAUUUUCGAAUCCCCGCUAUCGCAAACAUAUGGAGGCGAUAUUGCCUUGGCUUAAAAAUCGUGGCGCGUUUUGUUUUUAGUCAAUAAAAUUCGAAUAUUGUGCUUGCCUCUAGGUUUCUGUGUAUAUGUAUUAUUUAUUUUGUAUUCUAUUAAUAAAGGUGGAAUUAUUGAAAAAUCAAA